UAAUUCCCUCUCCUGUCCUCCGUCUUAUCACUUGUUCAGAGGACGUAUGAAUGUGCUGUGCUGUCCGCCGUGUCUCCGUGGCGCAGGACAAGACGGUCGCCACGCCUUCAGGGACGCGCUUUUUCACGGCGUCAGCUCUCCAUCUGUGUCCGACUGUCAGCUGUUCACCGGUGGAAACCUGUCCAGAGCCAGGACAUUUAACAAGCUAUCGAUAGACAUUUCCCCCACUUACACCAAUCAGACUGUACCUCUGGAGUGCGGCUCUAAUUCUCCCACUGAUGCCAGUUGAACGGGCUGUUUUGUAAACUCUUAUUAAUUUGGGAAUAUCUGGAACGGCAGUUUUAUUGAUUUGACAUCGAAUACAAGUCGGGUCAAAGAUGGGGAUCAAGGUGUAGUGCUGACAGGAAUGCCCCAGACUGUGUGCUCAGGCACCAUGUUCACCACCCCCAGUGGCUUCAGCCCCCAUCUGGCCUGUGCUGAGCCGGAGGAGGAAGAGGAGGCCCCACAGGAGGGCCCGGGGCCUGGUGCUUGCCUGGCCGACGGGCCCCCGAUCACCUCCGCCUCCCUUGACACCCUGAUCCAUAACCUGGUGCCCACUGCUGAUUACUACCCAGAGAAAGCCUAUGUGUUUACCUUCUUGCUGAGCGCUCGUCUGUUCAUCCCUCCUCCGGAGCUGCUUUCCAGGCUGUGUGAGCUGUGCAUCAAACAGCAGCAGCUGGAUCAGAGCCCACUUGAUACGGCAAAAGUGCGCAAGUUUGGUCCCAAGAUCCUGCAGCUGCUGACAGAGUGGACAGAGACAUUCCCGUCUGACUUCAGGGACGAGAAGAUGGUCGGACACUUUAAAGACAUCAUCCACAGGAUAGCUCCGUGUGAUGAGGCUUACUGGAAAACCCUGAACCAGGUGUUGCAGAAGCUCAGCCAGCGACUGGCCCUGAUAGGCCAGGGGGAAGAGAGGAGAGGAGAGGUAUCCCUCAACGCCUCCUCCAUUUCUGACAAGCUGGUGGCCUUCAAAACCAAGCCUCCGCCCAUCCAGAAGGACAUGCUCUCCAUCUGCAACGACCCGUACACACUGGCACAGCAGCUCACCCACGUGGAGCUGGAACAUUUGAGACAUAUUGGGCCGGAGGAGUUUGUCCAAGCCUUUGUUCAGAAAGACCCGCUAGAUGGAACCCAGCCAUGCUUCAGUGACCAGAAGAAGAAAACCUCCAACCUGGAGGCUUAUGUCAGGUGGUUCAACAGACUGUGUUACCUGGUGGCUACUGAGAUCUGCAUGCCGGCGAAGAAGAAGCAAAGGGCCCAGGUGAUUGAGUUCUUCAUCGAUGUUGCAAGGGAGUGUUUCAACAUCGGAAACUUCAACUCCCUUAUGGCCAUCAUCUCCGGUAUGAACAUGAGUCCUGUGUCACGUCUGAAGAAGACUUGGGGUAAAGCCAAGACUGCCAAGUUCUUCAUUCUUGAGCAUCAGAUGGAUCCUACAGGAAACUUUUACAACUACAGGACAGCUCUGAGGGGGGCCGCGCAUCGCUCUCGGACUGCCAACAGCAACAGAGAACGGAUUGUGAUUCCCUUCUUCAGUCUGCUGAUCAAAGACAUUUACUUCCUGAAUGAAGGAUGUGCCAAUCGGCUGCCCAACGGCCACGUCAACUUUGAGAAAUUUGUGGAGUUGGCACGGCAGGUCGGGGAGUUCAUGACAUGGAAACAGGUGGAGUGUCCAUUCGAGGAGGAUCGGGCCAUCCUACACUACCUCCACACUGCUCCCAUCUUCAGCGAGGACGGACUUUACCUUGCAUCCUAUGAGAGUGAGAGUCCAGAGAAUCAGGUAGAGAAGGACAGAUGGAAAGCACUCAGGUCCAACGUUCUGGGAAAGACAUGAGGCACUGACGGCAGCUGACCCUCCCACCAGCGAGGGAGCGUGUGUUCUCAUUGCACUAAAAUGAACUGUGAAGGAACCUAGCUGGUACUUAGGUGUUUUUCUAUGAAGAAAUGCUGGUGGGGGGGAGGGGGGACACGAUGAACAGGAUUCAUCAAGAAGAGUGGGAAGAAAAUUAAAAAGAACAAUUCACAAAUAAGUGAAUUGAAAAAGUUAAGCUUUGGACACUGGAGCAAAAUGCCUUUGCAGCAUGUUAACUAUCAGUGAUGAGGUACAGUAUGUUGGAGAGGGAUCCGGCCUUUCCUCCUUCCUUCCCUCCAUGUGUGUUUACUCUGUGAAGAUAUGUUUACUACUAUAGAGAGUACAGUUACAGGGAAAACCACUUUAUAAAAUGAAAUUCCUACUGAUGUUGUUUUUGUAUGUGUUCCCAUUUUCUCUCUCUCUCUCUCUCUCUCUCUCUCUCUCUCUCUCUCUCUCUUCCCCUUUGGUCCAAAAGCCUUGUCCAAGUAUUUAAUUUGGCUUUUUUUCCUUUACUUGUAAUGUACUGUAAGAAACUUACAAUGAUGUGAAGGGCGCUGGCUAGCCCAUAUCAGCUGUCUAAUUUUAUAGGUCUACUGAAGGGAUGGCAACUGUGUGUACCUUGGAAGACAGACGAGGACAUGCCUUGAGUAUUUUACCAGUUUAUCUCACGUGUACUUUUAUGUGUGCGAAUGUGCUUGUGAUCCAGAUGUUCAUGCAUUCAUGUCUGUUCAGAUCGUCACUGUCUUGUUUUGCAUGAGAAUGACUGAAGAAGCCAGUUUCUUGGUCAUCUCUUCUUGUAUUUUAAUUUAUUGUAUCUUAUCUUGGGUGGGGAAAUAUGAACUGUUUAAAAAGUGUUUUCUACUUUUAAAUGUAUUGUGCCAGUAAUGCGAGACAACUACAGUAUAGCUUAACAGUCACGAUGGGAGAUAGGCCAGGUGUUGAUUGUGUACAGGUGACAUUUACCCUUCAUCUUUCUGCUCUUCAGGAAGUUUUUUCUGACUGACGUUCAGUUGUCUGAUAUAUUUAUGGAGAUUCUGUGCUGACAGAUGUAUAGUUUUUAUUGUAACUUUCCUUUACUGAAUAUGAAGUCCAAUAGCAUGCUCUGACAGGUGUUUUUAAAGGGGCAUUAAGUGUAUCCACCUUGUAAAGAUUACUACAAAGGACAAUGGUUAAUUAAAUGAUUUUGUCCGUAUAUGAAGUAAAGAGGGAAUUUUGUGCCAUACGAUUCACUGGUUGUUAUGACAAUUCAGGUUCCUCUGACUUAAAAUGUGUUUAUCGUUUUGUGGGAUUGUCACUGAACUUUGUUUUUGGCAGUUUUGUUGUGAUUCGGGAGCCAUUUUUUGAAAUGGUGGGUGGGGGGAGUAGAGGAGGGUUAUGGGGAACUAUGUAAUUAUAAGCUUUUUAAAAACAGUCUUAAUACGUUUGCUAUAAUUGAUUGAUGUCAGUGUUUUCUCUUUAGAAGCACCUUUCCCUCUCAAUAACAAACCGACUUUAAUUCUGCUUCCUCAUUUGUCAUCAAUAAACUCGCUUUCCCUGUAACACGUUCGCCAGAUAAGUUAAGACUGUAGAGAGCCAGAGAUGUGAAGUCAAACCUGCCAUUCAAGGUGAACACCUGUUUUAAUAAAACAUUGCCUGCCA